AAAAAAAAUAUUUCACCAGAGCAUCUGAGACACUAAUUGAUUUUUGAUUUCAACCCUUACAAUAUGAGGACUCCUCAAAAAGUCCCCAUCUUGUUUGGAGUCGUGGGUGUGUUACGACGCCGAGCUCCCCCGGCCCGAACCCCUUCUUCACACAUCCACACGCACACGAAGCGGUGCUUGUGAAUCGAACAUGGCGACCGUACCCGUCUAUUGCAUCUGCAGAUUACCUUACGACGUGACCCAAUUUAUGAUUGAGUGCGAUGCUUGCAAGGACUGGUUUCACGGCAGCUGUGUUGGUGUGGACGAAGAUGAUGCCCCAGAUAUUGACAUAUACCAUUGUCCAAACUGUGAGAAGACUCACGGCAAAUCCACAUCAAAAAGGAAAAAAAAUUGGGACAAACAUGACACUUGGCAAAGCACAGAUCUCCAAGCUGUUCAAAAUGGCAGUCAAGUUUUCAUAAAGGAGCUCCGUAGUAGAACAUUUCCAAGUGCUGAAGAUAUUGUCGUUAAAUUAAGUGGCAGUCAGCUGACGAUGGAUUACCUGGAGGAGCACGGUUUUGAGGAACCUAUCCUUGUUCAGAAAAAAGAUGGCUUGGGAAUGUCUAUGCCACCUCCGUCCUUCUACAUCAGUGAUGUGGAAAAUUAUGUUGGUCCUGAUGUUGGAGUUGAUGUUGUUGAUGUCACCAAACAGACUGAUAGCAAGAUGAAACUCAAAGAUUUUGUUGAUUAUUAUUAUAGCACAAACAGAAAGAAAGUUUUAAAUAUAAUCAAUCUGGAGUUCUCUGACUCAAGGAUGAACAGUAUUGUGGAGAGUCCACAAAUUGUACAGAGAUUGUCUUGGGUUGAAAACUACUGGCCUGAAAAUGCACUGCUUGGAAAGCCGAAAGUCACUAAAUACUGUCUGAUCUGUGUGAAAGACAGUUACACAGAUUUUCACAUUGAGUGUGGCGGUGCCUCUGUCUGGUAUCAUGUAUUAAAGGGAGAAAAGAUCUUUUUUCUCAUCAAGCCAACCUCUGCCAAUCUUUCUCUGUAUGAGCGUUGGAGGUCGUCAUCCAAUCACAGCGAAAUGUUCUUUGCUGACCAAGUGGACAAGUGUUACAAAUGCCCUCUGAAGCAAGGACAGACUUUGUUCAUCCCAUCAGGUUGGAUCAAUGCCAUUCUGACUCCAGUUGACUGCUUAGCAUUCUCUGGCCAUUUUGUCCAUAACCUGAGCGUCGAGAUGCAGAUGAGAGCUAAUGAAAUUGAGAAGCGACUGAAGAUGAAAACACUCACCCCUUUCCCCAACUUUGAAACAGCAUGCUGGUAUGUGGGAUGCCAUCUCCUCGAACGAUUCAAAGGAUUACAUAAAGCAAAUAAGCAGCCAGCACCAUAUCUGGUCCAUGGUGCCAAAAUCAUCAAUGGAGCCUUUAGAGCAUGGACAAAAAAACAGUCCCUCUUAGAACAUGAAGAUGAACUUCCAGAGAACUUGAAACCUUCACAGCUAAUCAAAGAUCUUGCCAGAGAGAUUAGACUCUCAGAGAAUGCGACGAAAGCUACUAAGAGUGAGUUGCCAGUGGAGGGCCUCUCACUACCCCACUCUGAUCCUGAAGAUCCUGUUUCACCAUCCGAAGUUCCUUCACCGAGCUUUGAGAGAGUCAGAAAGAUACCCCUCAACCCCCCAACACCCCAUAGAACUUCCAGUCUCUCAAAGAUGCCAAAUGGGCCUAAACCUCAGAAAAUACUCAAAGCCAAAGAGGGUGGUAAAAAGCAAUUGAAAACUGUAACAGAUUCGCCCUCUCCACCUAAACCCUCCAGUUUCACAGCUCUGGAGUCCCAUGCAAAGGAUAUUUUGCGCAAAAUGGACCAGCCUAAGAAACCAAAGGGUCUGAAGAAUAUUGUGAUGUCAGAAAAAGAAACGUUAAAGCAAAAUGAUGUGAAAAAGUUGGAAAUUAGAGAGCAGAAUAAAAACAAGACUGAAGCAAAAUGGAAAUACAAGAAUAGUAGACCAGACUCCCUGCUAAAAAUGGAAGAGGACUGCAAAUUUGACAGAACGUCAGUUUUUGGCAAUAAAUUCAGCUUUACACUGGCCCAGAAAAUCUUGGGCUCAAAGACAUCAAAAAUGAAGACUGACACAAGUAUUUUUGGGACAACGCAAAACUUAAAAGAGGAUAAACCCAAGCCAGUUAGAGAUGAGUAUGAAUAUGUCUCAGAUGAAGGUGAACUGAAGAUUGAGGAAUUUCCAAUUCGACGGCAAAAGAACACCAUAAAGAGAGACCUUUCCUUUUUGUCAGAAAUCAGAGAACCAAUUCACCCAACCAAAAAACCCAAGACCAAGCCCUUGGCAUCAAAGAAUCAGAGUGCUGAUUCUUCAGAUGAAGAAACUCUACAUAUAGACACAGACGCCAAGCCUGAUGGUAAAAGUCGCAAUUUAAACAUGAAAAGAAAGAAAAGAAAAAGUGGGAGUGCGACAGGGAUCCUUGACUUACUGCAAGCCAGCAAGCAAGUGGGCGGAAUGGAUUACAGUACCAAUAGUCAGCGACCUGCAUCUCCAAGCACACAAGAGGCCAUUCAGGGCAUGCUGUCAAUGGCAAAUCUGCCAUCGUCAGAUAAUUUGCAGCAGCAGUGGAGCAGCAAUCACUCAAGAAACAGUAGUCAGUCAAAGGACAUCUGCAGCAUGCAAAAUUCGCUGACCAGCAAGAAGGCCACAAGAGGAGUUCAAAUUGGCCGCACCAGCAAUAACAAGCAGUUCACUAAACGCUUCUUGACGAAACCUCAGAAGAGCAGCAGUAUUGAGACUAUCGAUUAUGAUGACCAGGAUCACAUGGAUGCAUGCUUCAAAGACUCAGAUUAUGUUUAUCCAUCAUUGGAGUCAGAGGAGGACAAUCCUGUUUUUAAAUCCAGAUCAAAAAAACGGAAAAACAGCGAUGAUAUACCAUACAGUCCAACAGCUCGCAUAGUACCCUCAGUUCCUCGACAGGGAAGGCCUGCAAGAGAAGGCGCACGUGUUGCCUCCAUAGAAACCGGCCUGGCUACUGCUGCAGCAAAGCUAUCUCAUCAGGAGGAGCGACAAAAAACAAAGAAGAAAGUCAUCAAAAAGAAGACGACACUAGUAGAGGAGCCACCAAAUGUCUCUCAAGAUGUUAGCUCGUCAGACCACAAUGAGGACUCACAGGAUGGCGACCUCACAGACCAUGAGCUGAAUAGCGAAACAAUCAAGUUGCCAGCAGGGUCGCAGCCCAUGGCACCAGGAGUGUUUCUCAGCCAAAGGACAACAUCAGUGUCUUCUCCGAAGCGUAACUCUACUGGCGCCAAUAGCCAUCCGAUAACAAAAGGGGAUCGUGGUGUUUCUGCAGAUGUUAAAGCGAAGCGGCUAAAGAAAGGCAUGGCAACAGCAAAACAGAGACUUGGAAAGAUUUUAAAGAUCCAUCGAAAUGGAAAACUCCUCCUGUAGCAUAAAGGACUAAAGUCAUGGACCCUCUUUUUUUCCUGAUUACAAGAAAAGAAAAAGAUGAAAUGGCCUCUCCUUAUACUUAACUUUGAGCUAUUAAACUGUACAUUACCUACUAUAAAUAUGUUUUUUUUUUGUUUUUUUUUAAAUAAAACAUGUCUGAUUUUACUACAUUAUAGUUAUCUGGGGUUAUAAAAGUACAUUGCAAGCAUUCCAAUAUUUCUUUGCAUGUAUUCAAUUGCAUAUGUUCUCGGGUUUGGUCAUUUUGAAGGGGAUUUUUGUCCUUAAUAUUUCUUGUAUAACAUGUCAAAUAGAAAGUGUGCAUAUCGCAUUCUAUCCUGCUGGACUUUAAUGGACCCCCCACCUUUUUUUUUGGUGGCCCUAGUGAACUGUUUUUAUUUUUUUGUUUGUUUUUCACGCCGACUAUGGUCACCUAUACAAUAUACGUUGCAAUUUUUGCCACAACCUAUUGACAAUGGGAAAUUCCAUGAAAUUAUUGCCAAAUAUUGUUGUAGUGUUUUUCAUUUACCAGGUAGAUGGGGCAAAACCUGACCAUUAUUUAUAUUUGUCAAAGUACAGGCAGGAACCUUGUAUGGGCCAAAUUGAAGCUUUUUCAGGGAUGUUAUAGCCUCAUGAUUUUCAUUUCAAGGGUGAGCUUGUGCAGGUCGUCGAUAUUUUUCCCCAAAAUAUAUAUUUUUGUCUCAUGUUGCUGGAAAUGUUUGGCAUUUACUCAUCGAGUUGGAGCAUGUUGUGCAUGUUUUGCAGAGAAAACGUAUUUUGAAAAUAUUUACAAUAUACAUUUAAUUUCCUUCAUCUAAACAAAUUGCUUCGAGGUUACAGCCAUUUCUUUGUUCGUGAUGUCAUUUGACAGCCACUUCUUUGUUCGUGGUGUCAUAUUUGCGAAGACCAACGUUUGCACACCAGCCACGCCCACAUCUUUCAAGAUUUAUAGCCUCAAGCAAUCAGGCUUCCACUUAUUUUGAUGCCAGCUAGGUCAACGUGGUGAGUGUGGGUCCUUGAAAUGUAGCGCCAACGGCAGCCACAGUAUUAGUUUGGUAUCACCCUCGUCUUUGUGGCGGGGCUCCGGCGCGGGGCCUCCUCUUUGCCUGGGCUGCCGGAUGCGGGAACGGUCAAGGAUCCGGUCCCGCAGCGGUCUUUCGGCAUUCUCCUGCCUCUGCCUUUCUCUCACAUUUCUACCUGGGCAUCCUCCUCGGGCCCAGGCUCGGGCUGCCGGCAGAGUGCCGGUGGGUCGGCAGGUCAGCGCCACCUCCAGGUGG